AUGGAGGGCCCAGCGUCAGCCUCUCCUGGCCCCGCGCCUCUACCUUCUUGCGCCGACCAAAGGGCCGCCGCCGCUGCUGCUGUUGCUGCUGACACGCCCAACCAGGAGCACAGCACCCUUGCAACGCCCACCACUGCCUCAUCACUGCUGUCUGCCGCACACCCCAAUGCUACCUCGACCCUCACGCCCUCGGACCUCUCGUUUGAACCCGGCACCACGGAUCCCUCGCUGCCCAGAUACCACGUUCGCGCUCCCUCGACGGCACUCAAACUAGACACGGACCUUGCCAUCUCAAAGUCAACUUCAUCGCGGGCGGCUUCGCUCGAUCCCGCCAAUCUGGACGCCAACGGGAGCGACGCGCUGCGUCAGUCGGCCACGGCGCCGAUUCCCAUCCAGGACGGCUACCUGAGGACAGCCUGGUCGACUGCGAGCCUGGGUUCGCUGUCGCCUGGCUCAGCAAUAUCCUCGCCCGCACUCAACGCGCUGGGCGACAUCACCCCGCUCCCCUCCCCACUGGUGAUGGGCGACUCGCCUGGCCCAUGGCAGAGAGCCGAACACCGACCUCGCUCCCGGGGCUUCUCGGGCGCUUCUCGCGAUGACUCGGUAGCCAUGUUCGCCAAGGGCACGCUGUCGCCCUCGCCCUCUCUCAAGAAAAAGGGUUACUCGGGCCUCAAGGCCGCCGCCAUCGAGGCCGCCGCUGCAAACUCGCACCAAAAGAACGAGGCUGCACGCGAACGCAACAGGAGCGUGAGCGAGUACACACCCGACCCAAUGCACAACGCCCGCCCUCGUCAUGUCACAAUCGGCAACACCGCCGCAGAACCAGACGGCGCCGCCGCCCAACACCGCAUGAGCCGCGAGACAUAUCUGGCUACACAACGGGGUCUGGUCCCCGCAAAAGUCCCAGCUGGGCUUCCUACUCCCCCUGCGAGCAACGCUAGCAACCGCAGUGUUACUGACACCGAGGAAGAGGAUGUUACCGACGAGGACAAGAAGCAGUACUUGGUUGUACGAAGUGGUCCCCAAAAGACAAAGAAGCUCUGGCGUCCUGUCCGUCAACUCGGCCAAGGUACAUUUAGCAAGGUCUACUUAGCCACUUGCGAAAAGACAGCAGCCAAGGAUCCUCUCGACGAAACCCUUUUGGACCCACGGAAGCUGGCCGCCAUCAAGGUCGUCGAGCAUGGUCCGGCUGGUGGUGCCGACGAGGAACGAGUAGAACUGAGCCUCAAGCGAGAAGUUGAGAUGCUUCGAUCCGUUUCACACCCGUCGCUUGUCCAUCUGCAAGCUUUCGAUCACGAUGACGCCCAAGCCCUGAUUGUCCUCUCAUACUGUCCCGGUGGUGAUCUCUUUGAUGUAGCCAGUGACCAUCGCGACAAGCUGACCCUCGGCAUUGUCCAACGUAUAUUUGCUGAAAUGGUCAGCGCCGUGCGUUAUCUGCAUUGCCAACUCAUUGUGCACCGCGAUAUCAAACUAGAAAAUAUCCUGCUCAACAUUCCUGUGUCUGCCGUGCCUCUUCUCAAGAACCCCCAGGCCCAUCCGCAUGCCAUAGCGACACUCACAGAUCUCGGCCUUUCUCGACGCAUCCCUGCUCCACCUGAAUCUCCUCUCCUAACAACUCGAUGCGGAAGUGAAGAUUAUGCAGCCCCAGAGAUUUUGCUCGGCCAGCCCUACGAUGGCCGCUCCACUGAUGCCUGGGCGCUUGGCGUCGUCUUGUAUGCUUUGAUGGAGGGCCGCUUACCGUUUGACCCCCCGCCAGGCAAAGCCGCCUCGCGUAGCAGAGCCGCCCACCGCAUUGCCCGAUGCGACUGGUCGUGGGUCAAGUUUGGCGACGAGGACGGCGAGUGGGAUGCCGAGAAAGGCAAAGAGUGGGCCGGCGCACGUGAAUGCGUCGAGGGUCUCUUGAAAAAGGUCUCACGUGGCCGCAAGAGUCUGGAGGAUAUCGAGAAGACGGAAUGGGUACAGCAGGGUAUUCAGGUCGAGGGUGGCUUGAAGACACGGCCCGAAGAUGAGGUUUCAGAAGAGAUUUCUACCGAGAUACCCCAGAGGUGA